GUCCUUGUUUGUAUCGAGCGCGGUUUAUCGUUUUUUCCACAAUUUCUCGCGCCUUACCCCCAUUUAUUUCCCAAUAAGUGACUAAUGUUGAAUUGUUAAGUGCAACAUAUGACGCUUAAGACUGAAUCUAAGAAAACUAAACGAAAAGCGCGUCCAUUUUUGGUACUACCGCUACUCGAAAAUCUUUCGUUGAAAAAAUUAAAUAUGCCUAAGAAAACAAAUUUAAAAUUGUUUACAAAAACUUGGCCUCCGAAAAAAGAUGGCAAGAAAGAAGAGCGUCCUCUCACUGCAACUUUAGAUAAACCAACAGUACUUAAUAUAAGUCUAAUAGGAAUAAUUGAUAUGAGUACUGUUCGGAAAGAGUUCCUCAACAUUUCAAACCUUUGUCGGUUUCCUAUUGCCCUAACUAUAACUAAACGAAAGAAAAUAGCUGUGAUUAAUCGUCCCCUUAGCCUUCCGUCCCCCGAGAAACAGAAAGGGUGCAAAAAGAGGCCCGAAACAAGUGAAGACAGCUACGAAGAAGAAGAAAGUAUAAGCAUUCAAAGCGCUAAAAUCAAACCCGGUAAAAUCAACACCGCAGUCAAAAAACCCAGUGUUUUAUCCAAAAAGAAGCCCCUCAGCGACGCUAAUAACAACACAAAAACGUUUAAAAUCCCACGCAAGCGUGCUGGUACUGUUGCUAAAUUACUGGAAGUUAACAAAAGUAAUUUGAGCAAAUCGACCAAACUGCCGGAACCUUGCAAAACUUGCGGUCGUCCAGACCAGCCAGAAAGGUUCCACAGUCAUCCAGCCACCCCUUUGAAAAUUGUCAAGAAAGAAGAACCACCGAAAAUGAAAAGUACCGUUCAAAAACCCGUGGCGAUGAAGUACAAGUCCAAGCAGAGUGCAGAAAAGAAGCCUUUGCCGCCCCCGCAGCGAAAGCCGUCUUUGCCCGCCCAGAAACUUGUGCACAGUCCCCCAAAUGUAGGGGUGAGCCCUGAGACGAGCACCCCGCGAGUCAAAUCAGCAAAGAGGACGCUCACGUGUUACAUCUGUGGACGCGAGUUUGGCACGGCUUCAUUGCCUCUGCACGAGCCCAAAUGUCUUCAGAAAUGGGAGAGGGAAAACGCCAGCUUGCCUACGCACAUGCAGAGAAAACCGCCGGUUAAACCGGACCCAACCCUAACUCCCGAAGAAUGGAACCAAUACGCCUGGGAGGCCUCACAGGCCACUCUGACGCCGUGUCCCAAGUGUGGCCGCACCUUCUACCCCGACCGUCUCAUCGUGCACCAACGAAGCUGCAAAAUUGUUCAAGACAACUCAAAAUCCUCCGUAGACAAAUCAAUACCCCCAUCGUCACCCAUGGGUCCCCCCAGUGUGGAAUGCUACAUCUGCGGCAAAAUGUUCGGGACGCACUCCAUCAAAAUCCACGAAAAGCAGUGUCUCAAAAAAUGGCACGUGGAGAAUGAUUCGUUACCAGCGGAUAUUCGAGCUCCGGAACCAAAAAAGGGGGAAGUUGGGAAAGUAGAACACCAGAGCCCUGAGCCCAGCUCCCGGAGGAGUAGUGUGGAGAAAGAGGAGAAGCCCUCGUCCGGAAAGAAAUCGCCCAUGUUUCCGUGCUAUAUUUGCGGUCGCCUCUUUACAGUCAACUCGAUUUAUAUACACGAACCGCAAUGCCUGAAGAUGUGGAAAAUUGAAAACGAUAAAUUACCAACCCAUAAAAGGAGGCCGCAACCACUCAAACCCGAUAUAAAGUUCACACAAGAUGGUAAAAUAGAUUACGAAGCGACAAACGAAUCCAAGUGGCAGAGUCACUUAAGUCAGUUGGUUCCUUGCCAAUUCUGCUCCAGGACUUUUAACCCAGACAGGGUGGAAGUGCAUGAGAGGAGCUGCAAGGGAUAGUUUAAAAGUGUGAUUGUAUUUUUUCCAAUAAAUUAUAACAAGUU